UUCUCUCUCUCUUGAAGAACUCAUCGAAUUCUUGCAGCCAUGGAGAGAGAUAUCUAGAGAGAGAGUAAGAAUGAGUAAUUCAAGAAGGGAGCAAAAGAGAACAUCCCUAUAUGGAAAAAUACAACACCUCCGCUCAGUCACCCAUUCCACCUCGGUGAACAAAACCUCAAUCAUAGUAGAUGCAUCAAAGUACAUUGAGGAGCUAAAGGAUAAGGUAGAAAGGUUGGAGGAAAGCUCAAGUCAUGGCCAUGAGUACUCAUUGCCCAUAGAAGUUAGCGUUGAAACCCUAAAAAGGGGAUUCCUAAUUAAUGUGUACUCGGAUAGGAAUUGCCCCGGUUUGCUAGUCUCUGUGCUUGAAGCAUUCGAUGAGCUAGGGCUUGAUGUGCUCGAUGCCAAGGUCUCUUGUUCCGACAACUUUCAUCUAGAAGUUGUUGGAGGCGAAAAUGAGGAACAGAAGUUUGGAGUUGAUGCCCAAGGGGUAAAACAGGCAGUGCUGGAAGCCAUCAAGAAGUGGAGCGAAAGCAAUAAUGAUGAGCAAGAGUGAAAUUGAUCAUUUAGUUUCAUAUGGGUUUGAUCUUGAUCUUGAUCAUGAGCUGCAGGCUGCCUAGCUAUUGGUGGAUUUAUUUAGUUUCUCCUUUCUGUCAUUUCUUUUCCUAUAUUAUAUAUAUGUGUAUGAUGAGCUUUUCGUCAUUCCAUUCUUGUCCUUUUCAUCCCUUACAUGUCUUCAUUCGUAGUUCCUUCCCAAGGAAGUGAAAAGUUCUACCCCUCUCUAUUACAUUUCAAGGUAAAUUUUACUCAUUUUCUUAAUUCUUUAGUUAACUAGAAAAUAGAAGAACAAAAGUCAC